GGGCACUAUAAAAAAAAAAUGCUUUCUAAUUUCUAACCCUAGCUACCGUUGCUAGCAAGCAAGCCGCCCUUCCCAGCCCUCACAACUCUCACACUCUCUGACUCCCAGGCUCCCCAACGCCACACCCAGAUCAGAACUAACAAAAAAUAUUAAUCUUCACUGUUGCUGGUAUAUCUUCUAUCUUCAUCUUCAGAUCUAGUAAACCAGCCACCCCCUUCCUAGCUCCCUCACUGCACACGCCACACCCAACCUCCAGAUCUAGCAAACCAGCCGGCCUUGAAUCUUGUCACACCAGAUUUGUGCAAGAUGAAGAAAGGAAUCCACCCUCAAAUGCAAUGGAUAUCCUAUGUGACUCAAGAUGGCAGAUUAAUGCAUGCUAUGAUGACAAAAAUACACCAUGUUGGCAACGUCUACCACUUCAGAGCAAAACGGCAAAUGGCUGAAAGUUUAGGUCAGAUUGCCAAGUUUAAGCGUCGGUACGGGCAGGAGAAUGCAGAAGAUGCUGAAAAGUGACAUUUUUUUUCUUAAGAUGCAAAGGGCAAUCACUAGGCCUUGCUGGUUCAUAAUGCUGUAAUAGCGUUGACCAUAACUAGUUUUCCAUAGAGACUUCACUCUUGAAACUCACAAACUUACCUGUGUUCUCUCAAUGCAAUAAGCGUGCUGGUCCAGAAGUGCUUGAACUUUAAGGGCAAGGCGUUUCCUAUAAAAGAAGUGCUGUCACUGCCCAAUUGAAGUUAUUAAAAGCUUUCUUCAGUUGUUCGGUUUAUUUAA